AAAGAAGGCAGCAGCUGUAGGGCUGACUGAGCAGGCAGCUGCUACCAACACAACCUAGCUGGGCUCGGGGGAGGCCAUUCUGUCAUGAGGUUGGCUGUAUUUUUCUGUGGGGCCUUGCUGGCGCUACUAGCAGCCCAGGGUACAGGGAAUGACUGUCCUCAUAAAAAAUCAGCCACUCUGCUGCCAUCCUUCACGGUGACACCUACAGCUACAGAAAGCACAACAAGUCCUGGAACCACCAGCCACGGAACCACCGCUCAUAAAACUACCACCGCUCAUAAAACUACCACCACUCACACAACUACCACCGUAGCUACCACCAGCCACAAGUCCUCAACAGCUACCCACAAUCCUGCUACCAUCACCAGUCAUGGAAACACCACAGUUCAUCCAACAAGCAACAGCACUGCCACCAGCCCAGGACCCUCCACUACUUCUCCCCACCCAGCACCACCUACACCCUCUCCAAGUCCUAGCCCAGGCUCCAAGGAGGCGAUAGGAAACUACUAUUGGACUAACGGUUCCCAGCCCUGCGUCCGGCUCCAAGCCCAGAUUCAGAUUCGAGUUCUGUACCCAAUCCAGGGUGGAGGAGAGGCCUGGGGCAUCUCUGUUCUGAACCCCAACAAAACCAAGGCCCAAGGGGGCUGUGAGGGUGCCCAUCCCCGCUUGCUCCUCUCAUUCCCCCAAGGACAGCUCAGCUUUGGAUUCAAGCAGGAGCCACUGCAGAACACUGUCUACCUGAACUACAUGUCUGUGGAAUACAAUGUGUCCUUCCCCCAGGCAGCGCAGUGGAUAUUCUCAGUUCAGAAUUCAUCCCUUCGAGAUCUCCAAACCCCUCUGGGCCGAAGCUUCAGUUGCAGAAACGCAAGCAUCAUUCUUUCACCAGCUUUCCACCUUGACCUGCUCUUCCUGAAGCUACAAGCUGCCCAGCUGCCUCCCACAGGGGCCUUUGGACCAAGUUUCUCUUGUCCCAAUGACCACUCCAUCUUGCUGCCUCUUAUCAUCGGCCUGAUCUUACUCGGCCUCCUCGCCCUGGUGCUUGUUACCUUCUGCAUCGUCCGGAGACGCCCACCCGCUUACCAGCCCCUCUGAGCAUUUGUCCCAACAGCCAGGGCACCAGGAGGUGCCCUCAUUUCUCACCACUCAACUGACCUCAAAGUUAUUUUCCUUCCCAGUCUUGAUGAACAAAAGUAGAGAUAAUGCAAUCAGGAGGGAUGAGGGGAAGAGAUGUUUAUUAAAUAUGAUCCCCCCACCCCCACCUCCAGUGGGAGAAUAAUAAAACUUGA